AUGCAGUUCAUUCAAACGAAUGUCGACCGCCGCAAGGGUACCAACGAUAAGGUGACGGCUGAGGUCAAGCUGCUAUCCUCUCCUUGGUGCGACCAACUGCAUACCACACUGCUUCUACGACGCGAUAAAUACGCCACCAUCGCCAGCCUUUCGUUCCGCCCCUCUCCCUCUUUCUCUCUCACUUGUUCCUACCAUCUAGCAAUCGAGUCAACCAAGAUGACCAUUUCAGACACACUGGAAAUCGCCUCGCCCUCCGGCAAGACUCUUCGAGUCCCCACCGGCCUGUUCAUCAACAACAAGUUCGUGCCCUCCGUCGACGGCGGCACGCUCGAAACGAUCAACCCGGCCACCGGAGCCUCGCUCGGUCACGUCUCCUGCGCGUCCGCCUCGGACGUCGAUCUCGCCGUCUCUGCCGCCCGUACCGCGUUCAACACCACCUGGGGUCGCAACUCUUCGCCCAGCCAGCGUGCCGCCUGUCUCUUCAAGCUCGCCUCGCUUCUCGAAGAGCACGCCGUCGAGCUGUCCGAACUCGAGUCGCUCGACAACGGCAAACCGCGAUGGAUUGCCGAGACGAUGGAUAUCGCCGACACCGCGGGUUGUUUCCGGUACUACGCGGGGCUGGCUGAUAAGAUCGAAGGAAAGACGAUCGAGCAGAAGGAAGGGGAGAAGCUGGCGUUUACCAAGUUGGAGCCGUUGGGAGUGUGUGGGCAGAUCAUUCCGUGGAACUAUCCGAUUGGGAUGUUGGGAUGGAAGGUGGCACCGGCGUUGGCUGCGGGUAACUGUAUCGUGUUGAAGCCGGCGGAGCAGACACCUCUCAGUGCGCUGAGGAUCGCAGAGUUGAGUGUCGAGGCAGGUCUUCCAGCAGGUGUGUUCAACGUCAUCAACGGACUAGGACCCGUGGUGGGUGAUGCCAUCACCGGUCACAUGGAUAUUGACAAGGUGGCAUUCACAGGUUCAACUGCUAUCGGUAAGAGAGUCAUGGAGAGAGCCGCUCGUUCCAACCUGAAGAAGGUGACGCUCGAACUGGGCGGUAAAUCCCCCGUCGUCGUGUUCGACGAUGCCGAUCUCGAUCAAGCGGUCAACUGGGCUGCGUUGGGUAUCCUCUUCAACCAGGGUCAGGAUUGCACCGCCGGCUCUCGACUCUUCGUGCAAGAAGGAAUCUACGACAAAUUCUUGCCUAAGCUCGUCGCCGCUUUCAAAGCUCACGCCAUCGGCGACCCGUUCUCGGAUCAGACCUUCCAAGGUCCUCAAAUCACACAACGUCAUCAACAACGUAUCCUCGAUUACAUCGAGUCGGGCAAAUCCGAAGGUGCAAAACUCGAGAUCGGCGGUGGCCCUUGGUCCGCUAGCGACGGCAAGGGAGAUUUCGACAAGGGCUUCUUCGUCCAGCCGACCAUCUUCUCAGGCUGCAAGAAGGGGAUGAAGAUCGUCGAUGAGGAGAUCUUCGGUCCGGUGCUGGCGGUAGCCAAGUUCAAGACGGAGGAGGAAGGCAUAGCGUUGGCGAACGAUACGAGCUAUGGUUUGGGAGCAGGUGUGUUCAGUACCAACGCGAGCAGGUGUAUGCGGGUGGCGAGUGCGAUUCAGGCGGGUACGGUGUGGGUGAACAACUACGUCGUGGUGAGCAACGCUGUUCCCUUCGGUGGCUUCAAGGCGAGCGGCAUCGGGAGGGAGUUGGGCGUAGACGCGAUCAAGGAGUAUACUCAGGUCAAGAGCAUUCACUGGAACUACGGUGAGACGCUCGAUUGGCCACUCACUGGUUAG